AUGGCGGCACAAGAGGGUUUCCAGUCAGUUACUCCGAGCACCAGUGCUGAAGCCUCAGAAGCGGAGAGCCUUCCGGCCAGCCGGAUCCAGGAUCAGACUUUGGGACCUUGCCUGCAAAUGGGCAUGCGGAGGAGCCUGGCGCCCAACCCGGAACUCUGCUACUUCCUGAUGCACAGUGAGGCCGCUCUGAGACCAAGUGUAAUGGCAGCCAGCCAAACGAUGCCUCAGGGACCCCUCAUAGGCCCCCCUGUGGCAGCCAGCCACGGGAUGCUUCAGAGACCCCCCAUGGGCUCCCCUCUGGCAGCCAGACACAUGACGCUUCAGCGACCCCCCAUGGGCUCCCCCAUGGCAGCCAGACACAGGCUUCAGGGACCCCCCAUGGGCUCCCCCGUGGCAGCCAGACACAUGGUGCUUCGGGGAUCCCCCAUGGGCUCCCCCGUGGCAGCUAGACACAUGAUGCUUCGGGGGGCCCCCAUGAGCUCCCCCGUGGCAGCCAGACACAUGAUGCUUCAGGGAACCCACGUGGGCUCCCAUGUGGUAGCGAGCCACAGGAUGCUUCAUGGAUCCCACACGGGCUCCCCCAUGUCACUCAGCCACAUGAUGCUUCAGGGAUGCCCCACGGACACCCCUGUGGCAUCCCUGAGCUCACUGGAGCUCCCUCCAGCCCCACCUGGCCCUUCCCAGUCAGAGUUGGACCCAUUUAUGUCAGAGUUGGACCCAUUUAUGUCAGAGUUGGACCCAUUUACGCCCCAGAAAGUCCAGCAGCAGAUGGUCCAAGGCCGAAACCACAGUGCAAAGAAAAAGAAGAUGGCUGACAGAACUCUGCCUCAAAAGGUGCUUGAACUGGUUCCGGAAUCCCAGACCUAUAUGGACCUCUUGGCUUUUGAAAGGAAGCUGGACCAGACUACCGCGAGGAAGUGGCUCGAUAUCCAGGAGGCUUUGAAACGCCCCGUCAAGGAAAAGCGGAAACUGCGGAUUUUCAUUUCUAACACGUUCAGUCGCCCCAAGACGGACUGCAAGGACGGGGAAGGGUCAGCGGCUUCCUGGGAGCUGCGGGUGGAAGGCCGGCUCCUGGAGGAUGCGGCGGCGUCCAGGUACUAUGGCGCCAAACAAAAGAGGAAGUUCUCGUCCUUCCUGAAGUCCCUGGUGAUCGAGCUGGACAAGGACGUGUACGGCCCGGACAGGUACCUGGUGGAGUGGCACCGGACCGCCACGACGCAGGAGGCGGACGGCUUCCAGGUGAGGCGGCCGGGGGACGCGAGCGUGUGGUGCACCAUCAUCCUGGUGCUGGAUUACGUGCCCCCGCAGUUUAAGCUGGACCCUCGCCUGGCUCGACUCCUGGGCAUCCACACCCAGACCCGCCCGGUGAUCAUCCAGGCGCUGUGGCAGUAUGUGAAGACGCACGCGCUCCAGGACCCCCACGAGCGCGAGCUCAUCGUCUGCGACCCGUACCUCCGGCAGAUCUUCGAGUCUCCGCGCUUGAGAUUCGCAGAGAUCCCGGAGCGGCUGCACGCGCUGCUCAUGCCGCCCGAGCCCGUCGUCAUCCACUACAUCAUCGGGGUGGACGCCAACCACCCGAAAAAGCUGGCUUGUUACGACAUCGACGUGGAAGUGGAUGACGCCUUAAGCACCCACAUGAACUCUCUUCUGCUGUCGCCGGCCGUCCAGCAGGACAUCCUGGCCCUGGACAGCAAGAUCCACGACACGAUCGAGGCCAUCAAUGCGCUGAAGGCGCAGCGCGAGUUCAUGCUGAGCUUCGCCUCGGACCCGCACGCGUUCAUCAACGAGUGGCUGCAGGCCCAGUGCCAGGAGCUGCAGGCCGGGCCGGACGCGGAGGGCACCGCGGAGGAAGAGCGCCGGGCCGAGUUCUACCUGCAGCCCUGGGCUGAGGAGGCCGUGUGCCGGUACUUCUACUCCAAGCUGCAGCAGGGCCAGCAGGAACUGGAAGAAGCGCUGGGCUUCCAGAACCCCUAG